AUAUACACACUAUAGAGGUAUAUAUAGAGCGGAUUAUUCAUCAGGCCUGCUGCUGCCACAUCAUCAUCAUGAUGAUCAUGCUGAUUAUGCCGCCGCCGCCUCUGGUUUGCCUCCAAUCUCCUCCUGCAAUCCUCCACUUUCCGCUUAGCUGGCCUGGCGUCUUUUUCUAUAAUUUUCGAAAGCUAUUUUGGUACGGCUUGCAUUUAUAUUUAGUGGCCACAACAAACCUAUGGCGAAAAAUUCAAGCCACAAACUACAAACUUGUACAUAAUACAAUUUUUGGCCAUAUGACGGCUGGUGAUGCCAGCCAAAAUAAAGUCAACUGGGGUGGAAAACUUGUGUAGUUUUUCCAUCGCCCCGGUACAGUGAAAGCUCACCCGAGACCAGCCAGACAGGAGAUCGGGAGAUGAAAUUAAUGGAAAACCGAAGUGUAUUUAAGAUGCAAUUAGCUCGCUUGGCAAUUAAUAAGAAAUCAGAGAUCAUAGUUGAGAAAUAAUGAAAAAUCGACUUAUGAAAUAGCUGUGUGUGGUGGCCAAUGUGAGGUCUCACUGUACUGGGGGGGCACCAGCGUCACACGGACACUGGGUUGUUGUGUGUACUAGGUAGAAAUGCCCGGCUGCGCCAAUUUGCGUGCGUCGUCUUUUGGUUUUUCUAUUUUCUUUAAAAAUAAAAACAGAUUUCGAACUGGGAGGGAUUCUAGAACGAAGGAGGAGGGUGGCCAGUAUAGUAGUGGGAGGAGGAUGAACCCCACCGAGAUAUCACACAUCAGACAGAUGAUUUCUCCAGCGGGGAUAUGCAUAUAAUGGGGGAUCUGGGGCAAGGUGCAGAUCUUAGGGGGAGGGAAUCUUUCGGCAAUAUAUAAAUGGGAUUGUAUUGUUCUUUCUGGCGAUCAAUGAGCUCAUUGCCUGUUUACGAUCUGUAACUUGUAUAUGUGCCCUGCUCUAUAUACGGCUAAGGUAUAUGUACAUACAUAUGUACCUUAUAGAGAUGCCUUAUACUUUGAAUAUGUGUGGGCGCCAAAGGAAAAGUCUAUUGACGACCAUUUGGGUUAAUCAGUAAGUCAAGUCGGCGAGGCAGUUGCCAAAAUGCCAAUGAGACAUUGACAUUGAGCGUGCGAUCGAACCGAUUGGACCCGAAUCCGAUUGGAUCCGGUCCGAUGGCGCAGGUUUCCUUUGCCACCAGUUCUGGCAGCCUCGCGAGUCUCACCCAGCCCGUCAAACCCAACGCAAUUCGAGGGAACGACCAGUGCACGAUUAGAUAACCCAUUGCCUUUUUCCCCCUUGGGAUCCAUAUCCAGAAAAAAAACCAUUAUCCAGAGAGUGAGUGAGGGGAGAGAUCACAGAUCACGGAAGAGAUCAUGUCCAACGAACUCAGUGAACUCAUUGCCCUUGGCUGUCCGGACCUGGGCGCCCAGAAGCCAGUAGAGUUGAUCCUGAACACGGAACGACGUCUCAGCAUCAAGCAGAUGACGGCCACGGAUCUGGCCAGUCUCCGGGCGGCGGCGGCCGCCGAGGCGGAGGCUAGGGCUCGGAUGCAGGCGGAGGCGGAAGCCCGGGCCAUAGCUCAGGAACAGGUGCGUAUGGCCCGCGAGGCUGAGGCCAAGGCCAGAGCACGAGCUGCCCUCGAGGUGCAGGCGCAGUUGCAGCGCGUCAUGGAGAGUGAAAAGCGACGUCAGGAGCAAGAGCAGAAGCAGAACCUCGAAGAUCAGGAGGAUGAGGAUGAGGAGGAUGAAGAGCCGGAACCCAAGGGCUCCUUGCCUUCGAAUUCAGCGCCUCGCGAACGCAUCACCUCGCUGCCCAACAUCCUGGACGACGCCAUGGAGAUGCACUUGCUCAGCGUUUCACAGCCCAAGGCCGAAUCCAAGGAUGAGUCCUCGCCAGAGAAGAGCCGCUCUCACAUAGCCGAUUCCAUCGAGCUUUUGCGAAUGCAGCGCGCGGCCCGGGAUGCCCGCUCCCACAAUCGUAGCCGGGAACGGUCCAUUUCACCGGCCGGACGUAACCGCGAGCGCAGUGCUGCUCCCGAUCGCCUUCAAAGCUCGGCCAGCAUGAGCAGCUUGGAUUCCGCGAGCAUCAGUGUCUCGGCUUCCGUCAGCAAGGCGGCUAGUCGACGCGGAAGCACCUCCAGUGCCACGGGAGUGGAGCCCCCACCGCCACCGGCUUCUCUGACUUCCAAGUUUCCACUCUCCAAGACGGUUUCGGCCCCGAACAUGAUGAACCGGCGAAAGAGCAGCCUCACAUCCAUGUUUCCGGGUCCUUCGCCGUUGGUGGCUCCCGAACCAUCGCUCCACACCAAUCCCAACGCCCUGCCACCGGACGAGGAGCAUCUGCACAGGCGCCAGGAGGACGGCUACCGCGAGAUACCCAGUGGGAAGAUGGUCCACCGCACUAAGACACCCCCGCCAGUGGGCUCCAAUCUGGGAGUGAGUCUAAAGCGAGUGCAAGCUCCCAGUGGCUCGAUCCAAAUCAAGCCCAAGGAGUCGCCCAUGCUGGGCGUGGUGCUCCGCAAGGUGGAGAAGAAGACGGUGCCGCAGAAGAGCAUCCUGGACGACGACAAGCCGCUGUACCACUUCUCUAUAGUGCGCAGCGACCACAAGGAGCACGUGCCCGCCCAGAAGCCCAAACCGAAGCCCGCACCUCCGGCAGCCAAGCCCAGUCCUGGCGGCAUUCUAACCGGACCCCAGGUCAUCCGUAAUGCCCAGCCAAGGCAGCCUGUGCCGGUGAAACCGCAGCGCCCACAGCCCGGAGUGCCCAUCACCAUCACCAAGAUCGAGGGCGACAAGAUAAUCAUCAUCAAGAAGAUAGUGGUGCCGAAGAAUAGUAAGAUACCGGAGCAGUAUCUGCAGAUGAGUGAAGAUGCGGGCAAGCCAGCAGUUGGAGUGCCCCACACGGCUCCCCCCGCAGCCGCAAACCUGAAACCCAAAGAGGACACCAGCCAAUCCCAGCCAGCAGCCAUGCAGAAGCCCACGCCGCCGCCCGCCAGCGGCCAGCAGUUCUUCCAAAUGGUCUCGCCGCAAUUCGCCUCGGUUAUGUCGUCCAGCAUCCCGGAGAGCAAGUGCGCCGUGAGAUCUCCCAUAUCAUCGCCGUUGGCCAUACGAAAGAGUCGCCCGCCGAUGCUGCCGGCGAGUCCCAAGUCCACGCCUCCCUUGCCCCGCAAGCACCAUCCUCUGGCCUACAAUGCUGCCACCGGGACGAUCAGCAGUGCCUCUGGCCCGGCCUUGCCGUCGCGGCUUAUGGCCACCAUCGCCUCUAGUCCGGCGUCAAGUAUAUCGCUGUCGUCGUCCAGUUCACCCUCGUCGUCGCCGCCGCCGCCAGUGCCGUGUCGGGCGCCCAAAAAUGCCGCCAAACCGGCAGCUCCGGAGAUCAGUCUGGACAAGUUGCUGCAGCAGCAACAGGAACUGGAGGAGAAAUCGGCCGCUGCCACGAAUAGUGCCAAGUUGGAUGCUAAUUUCUACGACGCCGAGAUCGAGAUGAUGAACAAGUAUCUGAAGAGCCUGCCCGACUACAGUGAGCUGGACAGAAAGCUGCAUCAGGAGUUCCAGGAGUGCGAGGAUCUCUACGACAAGCUCAAGCGCCAGCAGCACCCAUUGGCGAAGUCCAACUCCCAACAGUCGGUGACGAAAACAGCCCCAGGAGGGCCGGUGGGAGGGGGUCUUCCCACCACCUCCUCGGGCUUGUCCAAGUCAUCGUCCAUAAACUUUGCCCAGAAUCCCAGUAAUCGUGGAGUGGCCCCCCGCAUGGCCUAUCCCUCGAUCUUUGCCCAGACCAGUGGUGAACCCAAGCUGCAGCGCAGCAUCUCCAGCUCCAACAUGCCACUGAGCACCCCGACCCCGAUGCGCCCGCUUCCCGCCAAGAAUGGACUGCAGAGUGGCUCCAACUUGUCGCUGAACAAGCAGCUGAUGAACGACUUCUGGAGCGAAAACCUGACCAGUUCCCAGAAGCGGCAGACCCCGAAGCGCACCUUCUGGAACUACGAGAAGAUUUGUGGCGCCCAGCUGGGGGAUGCGGGCCAGCCCUUCAAGGUGGACGCCAAGACGGCCAAGAAGUUGGCCAUCUUCGACCCCACGGUGGCCGAGGCGGCCCAGAAGGAGCUGCAGCGACCGCAGCAGAACAAGCUGCAGAAGAAUGCCUCGCUGUCCCACCUGGAUCUCAAGGUUCGUCAGGCGGUGACCAAGGACGAUCUCUACAAGCUCAUCUGCAACGAGCAGUCGCCAUCGACGGGAGGUGGUAGCUUCGUGAGCAGGGUUCCUGUCAAGCAGCCACAGCCACAGCCGCCCCAGACGCAGCCUCAAGUACAUCCGUUUCAGUCCCAGGCUCUGCCCAAGAGCGUGUCCAUGACGCAUGUGCCGGGCGCAGGAGGACCAGCUCCCCUGUUGCGAACCUCUAGCCGCACGCACAUACCCUGCUACAUGAAGCACUUGCCAUCGCUCAGCAGGAGUACUUCCAACUCGGCGAUAUUGAUGACAUCGCAGCCUCGGAAGGAGCAGCCGCCGACAAAGGAGGCUCCCAAGGCAGCUGUCCCGGCUGCAGUGGCCACAACGAAAGCCAGCGGCGUUCUGAAGAGUUCCAGCAGUUCGUGUGUUCCGUCGCCCAGGUGUGCGGCUGCCUUCUUCCGCCGCCCACAAGAGACGUACAACCCGCAGCCAGUGGCGCCCAAAGAGGCCCAAGUGGCGCCACCAAGUGAGAGUGGUGGAAAUCCCGGCGACUCUGUUUCCCUUGAGCGCAAGUCGGAGAAGAGCAACAGUACCAUUAGCACCAGCAGCUUCACUGUGACCAAUUGUUGCACCACUCACCUGCCGCAGCUCUCCAAGUUCACCUCAUCGUUUCACAUCGCCCCGGCCACUGCCACGACGACCGCGACGGCAACUACGACGGCGACCAGUGCGCCAACGACAACAGCAACAUCGGCCCCCAGUGAGCAGCAGCAACCACAACAGCAGCAAUCGCAGUCUAGUGGCGCUGCAGCUGCCAACUUGGAGGUGCCAACAUCGUCAUCCUCGUCAUCGGCAUCGGCCGGCUCGUCAGCAGCGACCACAAAGUGCCAGAAAGAUGUUGACAACAAGCUAGAAAAAUGCUUGAACGACAUGCUAAAGUUGAAGACCAACAACGCCACUGGCAGCAAUAGCAACAACAAUAGCAACCACAACGGCGGUAAUAAUAAUGCACUCAUGUCGAUGUCGAUGUCGCAGUCGCAGUCGUUGGCGGCGGCGGCAGAGGGCGAUCACAAAGAGCCGAAGACCACGGGCGAAGGCCCCCCGAGCAGCAAUAGCAGCAGCAACACCAACAAUGGGACCAAGUACUUGGGUGAAUCGCAGAUUCCCGUGCCAGUGCAGCUCUACGAUCCGCAGAAGCCGUUGCUUCAACAGCAACAGCAGCAAAGGAUCUGCUAUCCGAUAGGCAAGUCCAACUCCACCUCACAAGUGCCCAUGGGUGGAUAUCAGAGAUUGUUGCAACAGCAACAGCAGCAGUAUCAGGAUCAGCAGCAGCAACAACAGCAGUAUCCUCAGCAUAAGCGACCUUUCCUUAACUGGAACAGCUUCGCCUGCUCGGCCAUGAAUGGAGCCAGUGAUCCCUUCAUGCAACAGCAGCAACAGCACAUGCCCCACCAGCAGCAGCAGCACUUGCCGCACAAGCUGCAGCAGUCUUACUCCUCCUCGAAUGUUAACAAGCAAGCGCCCAAAUCGGGCCUGGCCAUGUUCCUCCAGAAGAACACCAACAAGGAGAAUAAGUUUGGGCAGCCUUUGUCUCAACAGCCGCCCGGGAUGAUGCCGCAGAUGUACGGCUACCAGGGGCCCUCAAAAAUGGGCUACCCGCGAUCGGGAGGAGCUCCCCUGACGCACUCUGUCUCCUUUAGUUCCGCCCAGCGACCCACGGCCCUGCACUUCCAUCAGCACCAGCAACAACACCAACAGCAGCAACAGCAGCAGCAACAUCAGCACCCCCAGCAACAGCAUUCCAACUUUGGGCUGGGCAUGAUGAGUCGGAAUUACUAUAAUCUCCCCAAGCAGCAGCAGCCGGCGCUGCCGGAGCGGAAGCCGCUGCAGACCUUUGAUCCGUAUGCCUAUCCCAAGCCGAAUCAAAUGCAACCGGUCAAGUACCAACAACAACAACAGCAACAGCAACCACAUCCGCAUACGCCGUUUGUGAAUGCUUCCGCAGGCGGUGGAGGUGUUGGAGGUGGUGGAGCGGCUGCUUCUGGGCUACAAUAUGAUCCAAAUACAAAUACGCAAUUGUUUUACGCGUCGCCGGCGGCGGCGUCAUCCUCAACGGGCGUGCAACCACAGCAACCGCAACAGCAGCAACAACAUCAGCAGCAACUACAACAAAGCAAUUCUGUCAUAUUCAAUCAUCAGCAACAACAACAACAACAACAGCAACAAAAUGAAAUGUCCAAGUCCGCUUUGGGACUGCAUUUCAUCGAGACAGCAAAGCCCGUCAUACAAGAUGAUGCUGAUGGUCACUUAAUUUACCACACCGGAGACAUUCUCCAUCACAGAUAUAAGAUCAUGGCCACACUGGGCGAGGGUACUUUCGGACGUGUGGUCAAGGUCAAAGACAUGGAGCGUGAUUACUGCAUGGCCCUGAAGAUUAUAAAGAACGUGGAAAAGUACCGCGAAGCUGCCAAGCUCGAGAUUAAUGCCUUGGAAAAGAUUGCCCAGAAGGAUCCGCAUUGUGAUCACUUGUGUGUAAAAAUGGUUGACUGGUUUGAUUAUCACGGGCAUAUGUGUAUAGUUUUUGAAAUGUUGGGAUUAAGUGUUUUCGAUUUUUUGCGUGAGAACAACUAUGUGCCAUACCCGCUGGACCAAGUGCGCCACAUGGCCUAUCAAUUAUGCUACUCCGUGAAAUUUCUUCAUGACAAUCGUUUAACGCACACAGAUCUCAAGCCGGAGAACAUACUUUUUGUCGAUUCGGAUUACACUGCUCACUAUAAUCAUAAGCUUAACCGAGAAGUGCGCCGAGUAAAAAGCACGGAUGUGCGUCUUAUUGACUUCGGAUCGGCCACCUUCGACCACGAACACCACAGCACAAUUGUCUCGACGCGACAUUAUCGCGCGCCCGAGGUCAUACUGGAGCUGGGUUGGUCACAGCCUUGUGACGUUUGGUCCAUUGGUUGCAUCUUGUUCGAACUGUAUCUGGGGAUCACGCUCUUCCAAACGCACGACAAUCGCGAACACCUGGCCAUGAUGGAGCGAAUCUUGGGACAAAUACCAUAUCGCAUGGCACGCAAUCAUACUCUUUACAGCAAAACCAAAACAAAGUACUUCUACCAUGGUAAGUUGGAUUGGGACGAGAAGUCCAGUGCCGGCCGCUACGUUCGCGACCAUUGCAAGCCGUUGUUCCUGUGCCAGUUGAGCGACAGCGAGGACCACUGUGAGCUCUUCAGUCUGAUCAAGAAGAUGCUGGAGUACGAGCCCUCAUCCCGCAUCACGUUAGGUGAGGCCCUGCGACAUCCGUUCUUCGACAGGCUGCCUCCUCACCAGCGGGUGGGCGAGAUGAGCAACAAGCAACCCCUCUCGUCAGGCAGCAGCAGCCGCGAGCGCUCGCACAGUCUGUCCAGAUGAGAAUUACAGCGAUUUGGUUAUUGUUGACAGGCAACGCUAAUCGAUAACUCAGUCAUGAAAACAUACACACAAGGCACUAGCAUUGUAGAUUAGACCAACAACCAAUCGACCAUCCAACAAACGGCGAUAUUUUCUAUUUUUUUAUUUUAAGUUCAAAAGUUUUAUGCUAAAUUUUUUUCAACUUGACUUGUAUAUGAAUAUGUUUCCUAUACACAAUCCUAUUGAUCUAUUGUUUGUUAAUACAAAUCCUGCGCAUCCAGCUGUGCAUUGUAUUGUAUCAUACCCCGCCAAACAGUGUUUUGUUCUGUACUGAUAACCAAAUCGUGUAUAAUAUUGAUAGUGCGGUGCUCUCACCCGGCACUCGAUCAUCCUAAUUGUAUAUGUCUUGAAAUGUGCACACCUAUACACAUACACAUACAUAAAAACACACACCCCAAGGAAGAGGGGCUGCCCCCAACCGACUGCAAACCGAUAAAUUGAAUAUAUAAAAAUGUAAUUGUAAAAUAAGAAACUCGCUAACACGCUAGUUGAAAUGCAUCCCCAUAUGCACCUCUUUGCUCUGCAGUCCCUGCAAUGGGAUCCAGACUAAUAUGUAAUUAAUACACCAUUUUGAGAGCGUGAACUGUAAGCUAAUUCAAGCCAUUAUGACAUAAACACACAUAAACCACCCACUCGAAUGGGAAAAUUGUAAAUGUAAAGAGCAAUUGUUAUGCCGCCCUGUGUGCACCACAGCGAUCGCAGCGCAUUUUGUGUAAAUUCAGUAGCAGCUCAGAGUCAUCUCUCUCUUAGAAUACGUUUUUCAAAUGUGUGGAGACCAUCGCCGGCCUGUUUUGUUCGUUUUCGUUUUACUAUCGAAUAUCGAAAGAUCAACUCAUACACAUUGAUACCGCCAUGCAAGCUUUGCGUGGGCACCCUAGAAGAGUAUGCAUAUGCAUACACUAUACAUACUUAAUUCAAAUGAUUGUGAGUUAGUUUAAUAUUACAUAAAUAUUAAUUAUAAAUUACAUUAUUUGCAAUUUAACCCGAUCAACCAGAAUAUAAGAUAAAAAAAAACAAUAUUGUCAAGUUAUUAAAAUUGAAAUAAAUCCUAAAUAAAAAGAAA